GGCGCCUUGCCUUCCUCCCCGCCGCCCCCGGCCGGGGCCCUUGGCGUCCCUGUCCCGCUCUCAGGGGAGAGGCGCGUCCGUCUCAGAAGAAAGCCGAGACGGCUGCCGGCCUCCCCUGGCCUCCGCCUCGUCCCGAGUCGCGGUCGUGGCGGGACGGCCGCCCCAGGGCACCCCCCGCCGAAGCCGGGCCCCUCAGGGAGGCCGCAGGGCCCGACCCCAGCCCUCUUAUCCCGCGCGGGCCCGCUGUACCGCCGCCCGGCCUGUCACGGUGGCCCCGCCGCAGGCCAGAGAUGAGCGGAGCGGAGGGAAACGGGCGGCCGGCGGGCGCCCCGACGGCACCAGGCGGGGAGUCCCCCCGCUCUUCCCCUCACGGAGAUGCGGCGGGAGCGCGGCCGCGCCGCCCUCGGCCCCGGGGUGACUCAGCGGCCGCCCCCGCCGCCCGGCUCCCAGCGGUGGGAGCGCUGGCCCCGAGCCGCCGCCGUGCGCUGCCCCUCCGGAGCGGGGCGGGGGCGGGCGAGGUCGGGCGGCCCCGCGGGAGGGCGCCGGCCCCGCCCUCUGCCCGGGCGGGCUUCUCCGCGGCGGGGCCGGGCGCCGGCGGUGUCUCGCCGGCGGCGGUCGGCGCGGGUAGGUGAGCGGCCGAGUGGCGAAGCCGCCGCUGCCGCCGCCUCGAGGGGACGAGAGACGGUGAGGCAGCAGGGAAGAGCCGCUGAGGGAGGAGUCCCCGGGGAGCGGGAGCGUCGCCCUUCUCGUCGAGUGUCCCGCCCGCCCCCGAGGCAGCGGCGGGGAAGGUGACCCGGGAAGAUGGUGACCGUGGUGACGAAGCUGGUGCACUACCUGCACCUGAGCUGGAACCCUGGAAACAGAAUUGGACAAUGGAAGUGCUGCCAUUUUAUUUGAAUGUAAAUUAGCCGUCGGUCUGGCCAGUAUACAAUGAACCAUGACCAUUCCAAGAAGACCCCUGAUGGAGCAUCAUUUGACCGCUCAGGAUCCCAGGACUCCUUGGAUGAACUGUCUAUGGAUGACUACUGGAAAGAACUUGAAAACAUCCAUGAAACAAGAGGAAAUAAUCAUGAGGAACGAGUAGCACUUGUAGUGAAAGAGCCAGAUGAGGGAGAACUGGAAGAAGAAUGGCUGAAGGAGGCAGGUCUGUCAAAUCUGUUUGGUGAGAGCUCUGGCGACUCCCUGGAAAGCAUGCUGUUUCUGUCCACGCUGACCCGAACCCAGAAGGCAGCAGUAGAAAAGCGAGUAGAGACUGUCACACAAACCAUGAGGAAAAAAAACAAACAGCACCAGAUUCCUGAUGUCAGAGAUAUCUUCAAGCUACAAAAUGACUCAAAGGGAAAAGUCUGUGAUGGAAGUGAACCCUCAACUGUGAGAACAAGUGAAAACAAAAAUGAAACACAAGAUGGAACCAAAGGGCCAAAGUUCAGUCUUGGAACGGAUGAGCAGAAGAGCCCACUUGAAGACAUGCCAUUUUCAGACACUGACAUCAAUUUGGAGAUAUCAUUUGCAGAACAGGCAGCUAAUCUCAAAGACAGUUCAGUAGGCAAAAUGUGCAAGGGUGGAGGGGGUGACACUCUUCUCCCGAAUUUCAGGCUGCCGAAGGACAAAACAGGUACCACAAAGAUUGGUGACCUGGCCCCUCAGGACAUGAAGAAAGUCUAUUCUUUAGCACUGAUUGAAUUAACUGCUCUCUAUGACAUACUUGGGACAGAAUUCAAGCAGCAAAAAGCUGUAAAAAUCAAAACCAAAGACUCUGGCUUGUUUGGUGUCCCACUGUCAGUUUUACUGGAACAGGAUCAGAAGAAGGUGCCAGGAACCAAGAUCCCACUGAUUUUUCAAAAGCUGAUUGCCCAGAUAGAAGAGGCCACUCUGGAAACAGAAGGACUUCUUAGAAUACCAGGAGUUGCAACAAGAAUAAAGAGUCUUUGCCAAGAACUUGAAGCAAAAUUUUAUGAAGGGACUUUCAACUGGGAAAAUGUAAAGCAGCAUGAUGCAGCAAGUCUUUUAAAACUCUUCAUCCGUGAACUGCCUCAGCCACUCCUCACUGUAGAAUAUCUCAAAGCUUUUCAAGAUGUACAGAAUCUUCCAACGAAGAAACAGCAACUGCAAGCUUUGAAUCUUUUGGUUCUCCUUCUACCUGAAGCAAACAGAGACAUUCUGAAGGUACUGCUUGAAUUCCUCCAAAGGGUAAUUGAUCAUCGAGACAAAAAUAAAAUGACGUUAAAGAAUGUUGCAAUGGUGAUGGCCCCAAACCUUUUCACGUUUCAUGGGUUUGGCUCGAAGACUAUUGAACAAAGCGAGUUUGUUAUGGCAGCUGGAACAGCAAAUGUCAUGCGAUUUAUGAUUCAGUACCAAAAACUUCUCUGGACAAUUCCUAAGUUUAUUGUUAACCAAGUGAGAAAACAAAACACUGAAAGCCAGAAGAAGGAGAAGAAGGACAAAGCUAUGAAGAAGCUUCUGAAAAAGAUGGCAUAUGACCGGGAAAAGCAUGAGAAACAGGAGAAGACCCCUAAUGAUGCUGAUGUUCCUCAGGGAGUGAUACGGGUGCAAGCACCUCAUCUUUCAAAAGUUUCCAUGGCAAUACAGCUGACAGAAGAACUGAAAGCUGGUGAUAUAGUAGCCAGGUUUCUCAGCCAGAAAAGUGGAAAUGUCCAAACACUCAAGAAAGAAGAGGUCUUUCUUUAUGAAAUAGGAGGAAAUAUUGGAGAACGCUGCCUUGAUGAUAAUACCUACAUGAAGGACCUAUACCAGCUCAACCCAAAUGCUGAGUGGGUUAUAAAAUCUAAGCAGAGCUAAGCUUACAACUAAUGGCAAAAGAACAACCUGUGGACUUACUCUGUAAGGCUGAAUGUUUCAAAGGGAUACUGUGUCCUUUCAACAUUCAACUGUGUUAUAUAUAUUAAUAGAACCUUAUCCAGUUAGGGAAAAAAAAAAAAAAAGUGAUGGGAACCCAACAGUGUUUACCAGUAAAUUUUCAGUUUUAGCUGCAGCAAAAUUUUGGAGAUAGCACAGUUUUCCCACUCACAUUUGAAAUGGGAAAAAGUACCUUAAAUAUUUUAAUGGCACUAAUCUACCUCCCAUCUGGUAGGUCUUGUUUCAGAAGAAUUUAUUUUUCAAACAGAUGUUUAACCUCUUUAUAUUAGAGAUCUACAAUCUGUUUGUGUGGAAUUGUGUGUUCAUAUAGGUCUUUACAGUGCUAGUACACUGGAGAACCAAAUCCUGAUCAGCACUUCUGAAUGGUACAGUAUUAAAAAUACCUAAAACCAGUAAUGAAUUCCCAAGUAAGUGUGAAAUUCACAGGAAAAAACUGCAAUGCAAUAUAUUUUGUCUUUGGAAGUCCUAAUUCUGUUCACUUUCUAGGUAAAGUUUGAUGAAAACUAUUUAAAAACAACUGUGAAAAUGCUUUCUAUGCAGCUUUUUUGCUAGAUCUUUUAAAUAUUUUUUAUUCUUAUUCCAGUUGAUUGUAUUCUUGAGAUUAUUUAAAAAAAAAAAAAGAAAAAAGAAAGGAUCAUGUGACAAGGUGAGUAAUUUUUAAAGCUCACCACUCUUGGCAGCGUCCUUUCUGGAAUAUUGUCAUGCACUAGAAAGACCUUUAGGUUUUUCAGCAAUGAUGCUGAAAUGUAUGCAGCCAUGUUACAUACACUGGUUUCAGGUUUUUUGGACAUCUCAUAGAUUGCAUUUUGUGAACUGCCAAAACCUGCCAAUUACUAGCACAAUAAAACCUUUCAGGAGGAAUAAAAUAACUGUGGAGGGAAACUGUUGUCUAAAUUUCAUAGAUAGCAAACCACCAAACCUUUCACUCAAAAUCAGUGUAAAGGUCUACUGUGGAGUUCACAUAGGCUUUUUGGAUUUUAUCUGCCACCAGCUUUAUAUCUGGUCUGUCCUGGAUGAUGCUAGAAAUCAAGUUCUGAUUUCCCUUAUGCUGAUAGAUGCUGUGUAAACCCCUUCAAAAAUUAAUAGUCCAAUGGUGAACUAUUGCAAAUCCUUCUCUUUGGAGGGAAGGACUGAAAGCUCCCUGUGGGAUUCACUGAUAAUGAAUUACAGACUGACGUGGCUUGUUGCAGCACAAAGAGCUGUGGACUGUAGCUCCAGAGCCCCAGUCCCACAGCAACACUUUGGGCUCACUAACUUGUGUACUGCUUUACAGUUUAUUUGUAAACUAGCUCAGCCGUGCUUAAGUGCUCACACCUACAUGCUGACUACCUGAAAUAUAACUACUGUGAAAUUAUAUCCUUGGAAUGAAAUAUUUUCUUUCAGUGCACAGACAGAAUUAUAUUGACCUCAUAGGGAAUAUUCUACAUACAAUCAAGGACUGAAUUACAUUUUUCUACGUGAUCAAAGCUGAUUAAAGGAAUAAAGGGCCUUUCUGCUGAGCUUUGAAUACAGGCCCUGACUGUUUUGUUCCCAAAGUAACCACUGAAACUCUCCCUUUUAUAUAUAAGCAGUGGAAGAGAACUCUGAAAGGUCAUAGAAAAAUUAGACAUCUACUGAUUAGUUAUCCACAGCAUAUGAACAAUUUUGGGGGUGUAAGUAUUUAGUGUUUUUUAAAGUCAAAGGCUGUCUUCAUAUGGAAAGGAAGCAUUGAAGGAUUCUCAAAAGCAGGAUGGAUAAAAUAGGAAGUUGUUCUAAUGUGACUGUACUGCCCUCAAUGCUCCAUUGUGUUGGGUACCCCUGCAUGGUAUAGCACUGUGCCACUAUGGGCAAACCCUGUAAGACAAAUCACUUUUGUCAAUAGAACAAACCACACUCCCUGUUCUUUAAAUGUAAGGAGUAGAGUAGAAAAACAGUACAAUGCUUAGGCAAAUAUUUAUUAAUCCAGUGUAAUAAAUAUAAGGGGGUUUUGCCAUGUAAUACAAAAAUGAUGUGUGUUUUCAUAAUACAUUAUAGUUCUGUAAAAGAGUACUUGUUACUGGAACUCUAGAUGUUAUUUUAAUCAGGAGCAAAGUGCAGAUGAUAGGAACAGCUGUACAGUUUCAGUAUAAAAUUACAACCGCCCUGUGGCUAUGAUCUCUUAAAUAACUUUGUUUCUGGUUUAGUGCCAUUAUCUUUUUUAAUUUAAAGCGCUCUUUUAUAAUUAAAUGUUGUUUUUUCUGA